UACAAUCAUUUCAUUUUGUUUGUGCCAUACCGUUGCUCGUUGAAUAAAUUUGAUCAAGAGUUGGAAGGAAAUGGGUGUAAGACAUCUGGAAUCGUUCAUAACUCAAACCGUGCCGAAUGGUUGCUACCGAAUCAACAUCGAGAAUGAGAUUUGCAGAUACCACGACUCCCAAUGGCGCAGGAACGCCCCAGGCCCAACGAUCGUCAUCGACCUUAUGUCGCUGUACAGCCCCAUUGGAGACACGAACGUAGCGGGAAGCAUGUGCGGUGGCCGCUAUACGCUCGUUUACCAGCAGCUGGACCGAUUUUUCGCUAAACUUCGGGCUAUCGGAGCGACGCUGGUAUUUUUCUGCGACGGGGUCGUUCAAGAGGAAAAGUACGUAACUUGGAACGAGCGUCAAAAGAGGAAGUAUGAAGAUACUAUAAGAAUUUUGGACGCCGUCGACGAGGGGAUCAGUUUGGACACGUUGAUCAACCUGUUCCGUCGGGAUUUUCCCGGGAAUUGGCUGUACCCGGUGAAGGAAGUAGCGAAGAAGCACGGCCGGGUCGUAACUUCGAUCGCCAACGAGUGCGACAAGGAGCUGGUUCAGUAUGCCAACUCGGUUAACGCGCUGGCGAUCAUUUCGAACGACACGGACUUUUUGAUCUACGAGGGUUUCUGGCAGUACUGGUCUUGCAAGGACAUGAACUUUGAAACGUUGACUACGAAGGCGUACAACCGGGUGGGCUUGGUUAGACAUCUGGGCUUGGAGUUCCGACAGAUGCCGUUGCUGGCGACUCUUGCCGGGAACGACGUUAUUCACUACGAUGAGGUGAAGCAGUUUCAUCGAACGCUGGGAAGUCCGAGGACUAAGUUUAACGAUCUGGCUCGCUUCGUUGAUCAGCAGCAAAUUUCUGCCAGGACCCACGAGGUGGAUCUACGGAAGCUGGUGUUUCACGUGUUUGGCGAAGAAGACGAUGAGCUGUUUCAGCGGUUCCAGAAAAGUCUGGAUUUGUACGAUUUGGACAAGUGGAACCCAAUUCAGACGGUGAAGCAUGACCAAACAGUCAACUUGUUGCUGACCUUGUCCAGCAAGUUCAUGUACCAGAUCUACAUGGGCCAUCCGUUCGAAAUGACGGGCUUUGUUACCGAUUUGCGCGAACAUCAAGUCGGGUGGCGUUACCCACAGCUGGCGAUCCGGCUGGAGCAGCGCAAGGUCGGUAUCAUUCUCUACCAUCGAGAAAACUCUACACUGAUGAGGCUCGUGACGAAAUUGAGCCACGACGAGGACUACACUUUGCACGUCUUUAACGCGGAAUUUCCCCAGAACAUCCGCGUUCCUCCACUUCUUGACUUGCUCAGCAAACAGCCGGACAUUCAGGCAAGUCUGUACGAAACCAAACUAGCCCUGCUCUGCUGGAUUGCUUCCGAUACGCUGAACAGCCACCAACUAGCACCAACUCCGUACAUCCUCCAUCCAACGCUCCUAACGCUGUACUUCCUGCUGGAAUCCCGCGUACUGCACCUUUUCGAGGCCGACCUGCUGCUUCAGAUCGCUUUUGACGUAGCAUUUGAAAGAUGCGACCUGCUUCGGGUUCAAUAUCCGCGCGGUGAGUUCAACCCACGGGCGUUUCGGAUCGCCUUUUUGUACCCGAAAAUGUACAAUCACCUGGCGAAGGCGGUUCGGGACGUGGGCUUGGAUGGGCCGGACUAUCGCGAACAUCCCCAGUUUGACGGGGUUUUGUUUCACGCUCGGUACGAGGAGUGGGCGCAGGGUAAGGGUCGGCUGGACGGGAUUCACCAGUGGCGCAUUUAUGCACAUCUUGGGGGUGAGAGUGAGUUGUAGUGAGUUUGCUGAAUAAACUACAUAUUUGGUUGUUUCUCUGCAAUGUAAAACGAGCCUCUUUGUUGGUGACUUUGAUCCGAAACGUGAAGAUCUGGAAAGUGUAGGAGUUCCGCAGCGGAAGAAGAGAGUUGCAUCCAGCUGCAGCCCAUCUGGAGACAGCUCAUGACCCGGAGGUUGUAUGAGCAGUAAAAAUAGUGCUGAAAUUUGUAUGACCCAACCUCACCUCCCAGACCCAAUGUCACCCCUGUUGACGGUAAGUUAUUUGAUUGUACCGUGUGGAGAAUUUCGCUUACCCGCUUACAAAAGUGGAGCAUUUCAUUUCUCUUCUUUCAAACCCUCUAUCCUUCUCCCUGCUGAAAUCACCGCCUCCUAGCGAAGCGAAAACAAAUUUUCAAAAACUUAUUACUCACCGACGUGCCAACCAAGCUUGACUGCUAUGGAAUUGAAUCAAUGUUUUAAAAAAAAACGCCAACAAAACUUGCAAACAAGGAAUUUGUGAUAUAACGCUUGCGACAACGAAAAACAACCAACUUUUUUUUUCCUUCACUCAUUAUUUUUUCCUUUGAAUAGCUUCAUAAGCGUAACAACUAGUAAUGUCUGUCACUUGCGUGUGUGUGUUUUUGUUUUGUUUUUUUUUGUCGUCGACGCUGGCAAAUGUUUUCCUCUCUUUGUUCUACUUUUUUCAUCCGAACAAAUUUAAACCUGCUAUUUUUCGUUAAAUUCAUGUUGUUUGUUUGUUUGUGUGUGGUUUUAGUUUAUUUAGAUAGGUGCUAGGUGUGUUGUAUGUCGUUCAUGCCUUUCUGAAAUAUUUUCCCUUUUUUUGUUUGCUUUUGCUUUAAUUUAAUCGUUUGUCAAUUAUCAUAACUAUUUUUUUUAUCUAACAGUUUAGUUUAGUUACCUUCGUUUAUUCGCUAUUAUUUUGCUUCAGUUGUGUUUUGUAAUUUUAUCUCUGCACCACCGUAAACUGAGUGUUUUUUUAUGACGGAUUGAUUAUUUUGUUUAUUUCUUUGCCAUAGAGAGGGGUUUUUGCUUUGCUCUGUUUUUUUUUUAUUUUGCAUGGAGUUUAUACAUAUAGUUCUUAAUAGGGUGUGUGUGUGUGUUUUAACAGUAUGAACAAGCCAGAAGACUAUUGAAUCGUUAAAAAUUGUUUGCUAUUUAGCGUUUAGCGUCGCGAAAGUCUAACAUAAAUUGGAUUGAUUUUGUAUCUUUUGCUAUCUCUAAAACUCAAACUGGACGUCUCACUAAAAGAAAGAGAAAACAAAAACCUUUGCACCAUUUGGAAACAUUAAAGGUAGUAUAUUUUCAUUAGUUUAUGCUUUCACCAAUCUAUUCGUGGUUUUCACUUUCAGUUUAGUAGUAAUAAUUAGGUUUUUUUUGUUGUGUUUUCACUAGAAAUAGCAAUAGUUUUUUUUUUCUUAGGUAAA